ACAGAGAGACGCGGAGGAGACACAGAAGAGAUAAGAGCUAAGAAGAGAGGAGAGAGCCGCCCACCAAUACUCUCCCUGCCGAAGAAGGCCUGGAGUGUGUUAUAGCAGGUUGCACAUGCCCUGUGCUGUGCUGGCCAAGGAUACACUUCCAUUCUUUCCAGUACAGUGAGGAUCCAGCAGCAUUAGUAUAGUAUAGUAUAGCCAACUUCGAUCGGCCAAGACCGGAGAUGCAGCCGGCCCGCUCCGCCGCGCUGCUCGCCGCCGUCGCCGUCGUCGUGCUGGCUUCCGCCGCGAGCUGCCGCGGCCAGCUGGCCAACAACUACUACGCCGGCAAGUGCGGCAAUGCCAGCGUGGAGACCAUCAUCCAGGACGCCGUCAAGGCCCGCCUCGCCUGGGACAAGCGGAUGGUCGCCGGCCUCCUCCACCUGCAGUUCCACGACUGCUUUGUCGACGGGUGCGACGCGUCGAUCCUGCUGGACGGGCCCAACACGGAGAAGACGGCGGUGCAGAACAGCGGCAUCUUCGGCUACGACUUCAUCGACGACGUCAAGACGGCGCUCGAGAACGUGUGCCCCGGCGUCGUCUCCUGCGCCGACAUCAUCAUCGCCGCAACAAGGGACGCCGUUGCCAUGUGCGGAGGGCCUAGGUACCAAGUGCAACUGGGAAGAAGGGACGGCAUGGUGUCACAAGCGUCCAGGGCGAGCAUUCUGCCAGGCCCCAACGUCGACAUCCCCACCGCCAUCAGUCUAUUCUCCAAGAAGAACCUCAACAGCUUCGACAUGGCCAUCCUCAUGGGCGCGCACACGGUGGGGGUGACACACUGCUCGGUGAUCCACGACCGGCUCUACGACUUCAACGGCACGGGGUUGCCGGACCCGGGCAUGGACCCGCUGUACGUCUGGAUCCUGACGACGUUCGCGUGCCCCAAGGGCCAGGCCUUCGACAACAUCGUCUACCUCGACGACCCCUCCAGCAUCCUCCUCGUCGACAAGAGCUACUACGCGCAGAUCAUGAAGCGCCACGGCGUUCUCGCCGUCGACCAGGCACUGGGCGACCACAGCUCCACCGCGUGGAUGGUCAACUUCCUGGCCACCACCGACUUCUUCCCCUCCAUGUUCAGCUACGCGCUCAACAAGCUCGCCGCGCUCGACGUCCUCACCGGCACCGCCGGCGAGAUCAGGAAAAACUGCCGGAGGACCAACUGAUCGAUCGAUCUGGCAAAUUACAAUAUACAAAAACUAGGUUAAUGAAUUACCAGUAGCUAGCUAGCUAGCUAGACGGGCAGCUGCUGCAAGAAACAGAGAAAGAAAGAAAGAAGAAGAGAAGAGCAUACAUGGCGAAACGAUUGGGAGCAUUGUCGGUGAUAGAAGAAUGUGGUUUUACCAUAGUUAAUUGAGUAAAGAUUCAAUUUACUGGAGUAGCACAGGGCCAUUUUUUUCGUUUGUGUACUUUGAUUCUUUUGUACGUGGCUCGUAUAAAAAUAAACGUUCCAUGCAUGAUGUAACAGUACACUAGCUUGUCCUUUUUUCCCCCGGAAGAGGGCACAUACAGCACUAGUUUAUAUUAGGAUUU